GGCCAAUUUGGAGGUGCUGGGCGGGGUGGGCGCCGCGCGGCCCUGCACGUGCGCGGCCGGUGGGCGGAGCCGGAAAUCUGUCCAGCCAACGGUCAAUCAGGAUGCCGCGCGCCUAAAUCCUCCGCCAAUCAGAGUGCUCGCCUUGCACUCUUACAGAUUUUGGCGGUCUUUAUUUUCGUUUUAGAAAUUGAAUCAGUUGUGAUAUGGCGUAGUAUUUUUGCUUAUAGAGGCGUUUUGCUUGCGGGCGGCGUGGGCGGCAGCUCGGGCUAAUGAGGCGCCUAAUGAGGCGGCCCUUGAUAGGCGCGGCGCGGCCUUCGUGAAUUAUGAAAUCUGGCGUAAAGAAGUCGACGAGAGCCGUCAACGCAACAAUAAGAUUAUGGUAAUGAAGUGGCGGACAAGUGCUUUAGCGGCUGUCGUAAGGGCGAAAGUUGCUCCGUCUUCAGUGGGACACUCGCCCUACCUGCCGCGAGGAUGCGUCGGAAGUGCUGAUUGAAUUUCGGCGUGGUUGUAGCAACAUGGACGUCCGUGGUGGCGGCGCCCGGGAGACAGUGUGGGUCCGACGGAGUGUUUGGCCGGAGGUGCGUGGUCCCCUCUGCCGCGUGUGCCCGCUGUCGUCGCCGCCGCCGCCGCCGCCGUCACCGCCGCCCGCACUCGCCGCCACCCGCACCGCCCCCCGCCGCCAUCCGCAGGUCGAGGGCGGCCCGCCUCGCGCCACUCCUGCACCGUCGGCACACAGCGUCGCGUGACUCGGCGCCAGACUGUGUCUGUUGUAUGAUGCAGAAGGCCGCGGCACGCGCCGGAACAGCCGCAGAGUGGUGGGCGUCGCCGGCAGGAGCUCGUCGCGGCAUCCGUGCCUGACUCCAAAAAUAAAACUUAAGACCUUUUCCCGAGGCACUGACAGUCAUUAAGCAACUUAAUAAUUUGCUGCGACUUAUUUAAUAUUUAUAAACUUUUUCGACACGCUGAUGGUGACGGACAAGUCAGUCGUUUUGACCUGAAGCGUCAAGGUAACAAUCGCGCGAGACUCGACCUGCACGCCGCCGCCUCCCCGACGAUGUCGCCGCCGCAGCACCGCCAGUAACUCUUGCAGGCUAGAAGCACAGCGGCCCGAGGACGGAGGUCACUUGUGACAACGGUGGCCAGAGUGCCCUGCCGCAGGGUGUGGCCCAGGAGACUGGGCGCCAAGUCUAGUCUGGAGGCAGGCUGGAAGGCCUCGGCCAGGCACUAUAGAUGACCUGCAAGGCCGCACCUCCAAAGUUACCCUGACGCCAAGCAUUAAUAUCCUUUCCGUCACAUUUUCCGGGAAGGACACAUUGAGGAGGACCGCAGGACACCUGGACAGGCCGCGGUCACCACCACCAUGCUGAAGGAAGGCUCCCUCUCGUGUUCCGGCGGCAGCACCAGCGCCUUCAGGGUCGUCACGCCCAAGGACCGGGACAAGGCCGACGGAGUCUCCGCGGCGCCCCUGCUGAGCCUGCCCGUGCCGCCGCCGCCCCUGGUGUCGCAGAGCUCGGUGGGCGGGCUGGGCGGGUCGCUCUCCCUGGGCGGGUCCUUCCCCUUCCCGUACCACCCCCGCCUGUGGCCCGCCCCGCCCCUCGGCCUCUCCACCAACCUCCUCCGAGAGUCCCCCUUCGCGCUCCUCCCCUUCCUGCCGCGCCAGCCACCCGCCAGCCUCCCCGCCCACGUCUCCUCCCCGGCCCACGCCCCGCACACCCUCACGUCGUCGCCCAUCGGACCAAUCAGCUCGCCGCUCUUCACCACGAGUGCGGGUGCCUACGCCAAGGAAGCCAAGCUGAUGAGUGGUGAGUACCCGCGCGAUGAUUUGUAAGGGAAGGGAAGGGAAGAAUGUGAUGGGAAGGGAG